AUGCCUCAGAUUCCUCCUGAAUACAAGAAUGCACAGAAUGUUUUGUUGAAUGACAACAAGCUAACAGCGUUUCCACAAGAGCUGAAUCAGUUGGGGAUUCUCCAAAGCUUGCGAAUCGACUCGAAUUCAAUCACGAAUGUGCCUUCGUAUGUUGCUCACUUUCCAAUGUUGAAGCAUCUUCGUGCUCAUGACAACACGAUCUCAUCGCUCUCUUCUAACAUAGGGCAGUGCAAGCACCUGCUAUCGCUGGAUCUACAAAGGAACCAAUUAUCAUCGAUUCCGUUGUCACUUGCUGCCUGCACUGGACUAACAAAGCUUUGGCUCAGCGAGAAUCGAAUCGAACAAAUUCCAUAUACUUUUUCACACUUGCAAAACCUCAAAUCAUUUAGGAUAGACAAAAAUCGAUUGAAAGAGAUCGAACCAGGGAUCACAAAAAUGAAAGCCCUAGUGCAAUACAUGGUGCUUGCAGAGAAUAGACUGCAAAGCUUUCCGAUGGAACUUGGACUCAUGACAAAUCUUACAAUUCUAGAUGUUCGUCAAAAUCGAAUCUCUGCUGUUCCUCCAGCAGUUGGUUCUUUGCGAAACCUUCAAAUUUUUGAUGCAUCCCAGAAUUUUAUUCAAACAUUGCCCACGCAGAUGAAGCAAAAUGUCGUAUUACAGGAACUACUCUUAGAAAGUAACAGAUUGUCAGUUGUACCCGAUGUUGUGGCAGAGUUACAACAUCUAAAAGAGCUGAGACUUUCAAAUAAUCAAAUAUUGACUCUUCCGGACUUGUCAAAUUCAGCAGGAAAAUUGGAAAUACUUUUCUUGGAUCAUAACAAUUUGAGGAGCCUUGCCCAUGAUCUAUUUGUACUGACACGAUUGAAAAUAUUGAAGUUGAACAAUAACUCGUUGCUUGAAAUUCCAAGUGACUUAUUCAAAAUACGUGGUCUAGGUCUGAGUAUAUUUUGUAUCAAUCAUUGCAGGACAAUGAAAUCUUAUUUGCAGAUCAUCCUGUAA